AUGAGAGCAGUGAUUAGCCAAUCGGAGAAGCGCUUAGAUGGUCAAAGGAAGUGCAAUGAGGAGGCAAGAGCUCGACAGCUUCGAAACAAUAUUUCAGUGGCCUUCUGUGGGCUUUUCCUGCUUGGAGCCUUCGCAGCGACGAAUAUCGUCCUUCUCCAGUCCGUGUUGAAGGACCCCUUGGGAGGUGAGAGAAGCCAGCGCUUCAUUGGACCUCUCUUGCGGGAGAAGCUGAGGACGCUGGCUCGUAAAGGUCGAAACAAGCUCACUGGAAGACAUGAUGACAGGCCACAGCAGACAGAGAAGCAAUUAGCAUGGGCUCGAGCGGCUGCAUCUUCAGGAGAUGGUUCGACCAUCUCCGGACACGUGGUGAAGCAAUUGGCGAAAGACAUUGUCAAGGACAUCGUCGCUCCAGCUGCUGAAGGUUCUUCAACGAGCUCGCAGGCUCUGAAAGGUUCCAACUUGCGAGGCAGCAAGCAGGCCAAAGAAGAGAACUCCAAUGAGCCGCCCAAAGCCGGCAGAUUUGUGUCGGAGAUUGUCUCGGCGACUGCAGGGGGACCUUCAAAGCCUCGAGCAACUUCGGCCAAAACUGCUCUGGAAGCUUCUCAGUUGGCAGAGCCGGAGACUUCAAAAGAGGUCAGUUCAAAGCCAGAGCCGGCAGAUCCACCUUCAACGAAAGGCGUGCGGAAGACGCAGGCGGAAUCUGAGGCGAAGGAGGUGCCGAGGCACUUUGGACGCUGGGCAUGA